UUUACAUGUCCGCAUCUAACUGAUUAUUUAAGGAAAGCCGCCUUCUCUUCUGUGUUUCAAAGGGAGCUAGGUUAUAUGUGGCUCCGUCAACGACGUGGCUUGUGUCGACUGCUAUUUUGGACAAUAUUAUUAGUAGAAAUAAUAAAUCAUUUAGUAUAUAGUAGUAACGGUGUAUAUGUACACAAUAAUACUCAGAAACACGACGACCACCUCCGGGGGACGAGAGUCGACGCCGUCGUGGCAAAAGACGGGUCCGGCGAGUUUAGGACCAUCAACGGUGCUGUUAAUGCGGCGCCGGAUUACAGCAAUACCCGGUUUGUGAUUUAUGUCAAAGCCGGGGUUUAUCAUGAGAAUGUUGUGGUUGGUGAGAGGAAGAGCAAUCUUACGAUUAUCGGGGAUGGAAUGGAUGCCACCAUUGUUGCCGGGAAUUUGAGUUAUGUGGAAGGAUAUUCGUUAACAAGUACCGCCACCUUUGCUGUGUUUGGCAAAGACUUCAUAGCACAGGACAUGGGAUUCCACAACACGGCCGGAGCAGCCAGAUACCAAGCCGUGGCCCUUGUGGCGGCCGGCGACCGGGGAGCCUUUUAUCGCUGCAAAAUGGUGGGGUACCAAGAUACGCUCUACGCCCGAUCCAACCGUCAAUUCUUUCGGGAUUGCGCCAUCUACGGCACAGUGGACUUCAUCUUCGGCGACUCCGCCGCCGUCUUCCAAAACUGCACUAUCCGUCCCCGGAAACCGCUGCCCGGCCAGUUUAACGCCAUCACCGCCCAAGGCCGCGUUGACCCGAGUAGUAAAACCGGGUUUUCAUUUCAAAACUGCGUCGUUUCGCCGGCAGAGAAUCUCGCCGGCGUCAAAACAUUCUUGGGCCGGCCGUGGAGGAAUCAUUCUAGAGUGGUUUUCACAAACACUUAUAUGCACAGUUUCAUUGAUCCGAAUGGUUGGGUGCCGUGGUCGCCGAGAGAUAGGGCGUCGCCGGACACAGUUUACUACGCCGAGUUUGGCAACUACGGCGGAGGGGCCGCGACGGCGGGCCGAGUGCGGUGGAAGGGAUUGCAUUUGGGGAUGAGUAGUGAAGAAGUCAGCAUGUUCAGUGCUGAGUCUUUUAUUGAUGGAAGCUCUUGGAUUAUUCCUAGG